AUGUCCUGCACUAUUUUCAACAACGUUGAGCAGCUGCCUCCUGACGCUCUUUUCGGCAUCAAACAGAGGCUUUCUCAGGACCCUAGACCUGUCAAGGUCGAUUUGGGCAUCGGAGCCUACAGAGACGACAGCGGGAAGCCAUGGGUGCUUCCUAGCGUCCGUGAGGCCGAGGAAGUGAUCCGCCAAGACCCCGGCUACAACCACGAGUACCUGGGUAUCUCUGGGCUGACCGCUCUCAUCCAGGGCGCCGCCAAGGUGCUCUUCGGCGAGGACUCCGCAGCGCUCGCAGAAGGCCGUGUCGUGUCGACGCAGUCGCUUUCCGGUACCGGUGCGCUGCACGUUGCCGCAAGAUUCAUCUCCAAGUUCUGCGGCGACAAGGUGGUGUACCUGUCGGACCCAACGUGGGCCAACCACAACGCCAUUUUCGAGACCAUGGGCCUCAAGACCGCUACUUACCCAUACUGGGAUGCUGCGUCAAAGUCGCUGAACCUAGAGGGCUACCUGGAGGCCAUCAAGACGGCUCCAAAGGGCUCGGUGUUCGUGCUGCACGCGUGCGCCCACAACCCCACAGGUUUGGACCCCGACCAAUCGCAGUGGACCUCCAUCCUCGACGCCAUAAUAGAGCGCGAGCACAUUGUGCUGUUUGACUCUGCGUACCAGGGCUUCGCCUCCGGCGACCUCGACAGAGACGCGUUUGCGGUGCGCCUGGGCCUGCAGAAGCUGGCCGAUGUCAGCCCUGUGAUCGUGUGCCAGUCCUUCGCGAAGAACGUCGGCAUGUACGGUGAGCGUGCCGGGUGCUUCCACCUGGUCCUGCCACGCCAGGACGCCUCGGUCGACACCAGCGCCAUCAAGUCCGCUGUUUUGUCCCAGCUGAACAAGAUCACCCGUAGCGAGCUGUCCAAUCCUCCCGCCUACGGUGCCAAGAUCGUGGCCACGGUGCUCAACACCCCACGCUUGACGGAGCAGUGGCACAAGGACAUGGUCACCAUGUCUUCUCGUAUCAUCAAGAUGAGACAUGCGCUGAGAGACCACCUGGCGAAAUUGAACACCCCAGGUAACUGGGACCACAUUGUCAACCAGACCGGUAUGUUUUCCUACACCGGCCUGCGUCCUGAGAUGGUCAAGCGCCUGGAAGAGGAGCACGCCGUGUACUUGGUGAGCUCUGGUAGGGCCUCCAUCGCGGGGCUGAACAGUGGGAACGUCGAGUACGUCGCAAAGGCCAUCAACGAGGUCGUGACUCAUUUCGGCGGAGCCAAGUUGUAG